GAGCAACGGCCGGCGGAGCGCGAGCGAGCGAGCGGGGAGGGGCAGGGCCAUGGGGCGGGCCCGGCGUCCAUCGCUCCGCCCGCCCGCCCGGCAUCGCCGCCGCAGCACCGGCCGCUGAGGCACCGGCUGCCCGCGAGCCCGGCCCCAAGUCCGAGAAACUACGGUAAAGUCUGCUUCUGAUCCUCCAAUGUGUCAAAAGCCAUAUGAACGUACAGCUUUAUCCCAGAACCUUCAGCCAAUCUCGCCUGCAAUGAUGCCACCAUCCUCGCAGUUGUUACCUACACAGAUGUUUAAAUCAUCCAAGUCAGAGAUUGAUCUUUUAUCACAAGAAAAAACACCACCUUUUGAUGCAGACCAAGAUCCUGUUUUAGCAGAUCUCUGCCGACCACUACAUUGUAAAUUGUGCAAUGUCUCUCUCAAUUCAACGCAGCAAGCACAGGCACACUACCAGGGGAAAAACCACUCGAAGAAACUUCGUAAUUAUUAUGCAGGGCAUCAGUGUGUGUCUGCUUCCAAAAUGACUCAUCCUGUAGAUCAGCCAUCAACGCAGCUUAUUCCUCCAGCAUCCCAGUCAGGGUCCUCCAAGACGACAAGUCGUGUGAUUCUAGCCACAGCAAACGAUUACUGCAAACUCUGUGAUGCCUCUUUUAGUUCCCCUGCUGUGGCGCAAGCGCAUUAUCAAGGAAAGAACCAUGCCAAGAGACUGCGGCUGGCAGAGGCUCAGAAAUCCAAUUCUCUUUCAGAAGCAACCGAGCUCACGAAGAGAAGGCAAAGGAAAGAAGGGAGUGCAUUUAAAGUGGUGCCAAAUCGUCGCAAUCUACACGGAGUUCAAAAUACUCUUGGUCCUUAUUUUAAUCCUCGUUCGAGGCAGCGGAUUCCACGCGACCUAGCAAUGUGCGUGACGCCCAGCGGACAGUUCUAUUGCUCCAUGUGUAACAUUGGAGCCAGUGAGGAGCAGGAAUUCCGGUUGCACCUUGAAAGCAAACUGCACAAGUGCAAAGUAUCAGAGCAGCGAUACCGCAGUGAGAUGGAGAAUCUUGGAUAUGUAUGAAGGUUGGGAAAUACGCGCAUCUUGAAACUUUAGGAGAAUGCUUAUAAAUGUCACAAUAUCUAUCCAGAAUGUUGAAACUGCAAGAAAUGAUUGAGGCCAUUUUAACUGUACAAAAUUCUCUUGUUUAAAGUCAAAGUGUAUUUUAUGUUUGCUUAAUAUUUUAUUUAACGUUACUAGGUGUAAAGUAUUAACUGAUUGCUUUAUAAUCAAUUUUUGCCCCUUAAAAGGAAUGUGGGAUUGGUCAUAAGAUGCUUUUACAAAUGAUUUGGAAAUGUUUGAGUCAUUUAAUAUUUGUUUUUUCUUCUACAAUUUUUCCAACAAAUUGUUUCUUUGUUACAAUUUUAAUGUUAUUCUAAUUUAGUCUCUUAUUAUAUUUAUUUAUUUUUGUUUAGUAAUAUAUAAUGGUCUUCUGAAUUCAGUCCUGAAGGUGAUAUUCUAGUAAAUGUUCAACGUUGAUCAUUCCUUUACUGUUGACUAUCUUUACAAAGAGUAUCUCACCAUCAGGAUCUCUGUUGGAUAAUUAUAACACUGAAUAAACCAUAAGAUUAAUAUCCAUUUCAGAAACUGGAGUUAAUGAAUUUAAUGAUGUGAUAUUAUGAAUUAGCCAAAGUUGAAGCUGUGUUGGACUGCACUAGACCACAGUGCGUAGACACACAGAUAAUAGUUGUAAUUGGGCUCAUUAUUUCAGCCACCACUGGCAUUGCCAGCAUGUACUGUUUAAACAGUCAACAACAGAAGAAAAUACAGAUGUUGUUGCUGUUAUUAACCUUGCGACUUGAAAUAAUAUUUUAAAGAAAUAUCUUAACGAUAUUCCCCCAUUAACCAUUGUUUCACGAUGCCAAAAUCUCAACGAAAAUAAUCUACAAGAGAGUCAUUUUAAAGCUCAAAAUUGUCAAGUGAAAUGAUUUUUGCAAAAUGAUCAGAAGCACUCGGAAUUUGAUGGAUAAAAUCUUUUUCAAGGUUUUACAUAUAUGACUUGUUGUGAAAUGCUUAUCAGAGCUGGGAUUAGUUAUAAGUAACUACAAAUAGUUUAAAAAAAAUGGUACCCUGGAUCGGCAAUGAGUUAAGGGGAAUAUUAGCAGAGAAUAUUCUGCACGGGUUCCAUUUUAAUAAUCAAUAAGGGUUACUUUCAUAACUUCCAUACUAGUUGUGUAUUCUAUACACUCGUAUCCCUUAUCAUUGGCUGCCUAGACUAUCUUUAAGAACCAUUGGACAAGGAUCUUUUUAUUAAAUGCUAGUGUUUAAAGAAUAUUCUUUAUCAAAUUAUAGUUUAUUUUUUAUAAUUUUUUAUGGAGGUAAAAUUGUACUGAACUUUUCUAUCAUUAUGCUCAUUGUUAUAUUUUUCUCCGUGCCAGACUUAAUGUGAAAGAUGACAAUCUGUUUUGUGUUUAUGAUAUAAAAGCUAUUCAAAUUGAGUCUUUCAGGUUUACAUGACAGAUGUUGUUAUUAAACAAGUGCAUUUAUAAAUGUAUCUGGCCCAGGCUAUGACUGCUGCAUGAUUGUACCUGCUUGGUUGUAGCCAUGGUACAAUCUGUUAGUUGAUAUCUCCAUUUCAAACAUAACAUGCCUUUAUUUUUAAUGUUUCAUCUCGCAAUCUAACAAGAAUCGUUACAGAAUUCCACAUAAUGUGCGUAAAAAUUAAUCGCAGCUGGCAUUUAGCUGACGGGUUGAAAUUAAUAAAAUAUAACUUUUAUGUCGGAGUGUAAACAUGAUCAAUCACGCAAAUAAGAAACUGGAUGAAUUACCGAAUUCAGCUACAAGAAUGCAUCAUCUGAAAGUACCUUUGUCUUUUAGUUUUAAUUUUGCACAAUUUUAUGCAUGUACUUUCUGUAAACCUGUGGAAUAAAAUAAU